AUGAAACCUUCCAUAGCCGAGCUGCUCCGCCGAGGGAAGAUGCUGUGGAUUAUUCUUCUAAGCACAAUUGCUCUGGGAUGGACUACCCCGAUCCCCCUGAUCGAGGACUCGGAGGAAAUAGAUGAGCCCUGUUUUGAUCCUUGCUACUGUGAAGUCAAAGAAAGCCUCUUUCAUAUCCAUUGUGACAGCAAAGGAUUUACAAAUAUCAGCCAGAUCACCGAGUUCUGGUCCAGACCUUUCAAACUGUAUCUGCAGAGGAAUUCGAUGAGGAAAUUGUACACCAACAGUUUUCUUCAUUUGAACAACGCCGUGUCCAUUAACCUUGGGAACAAUGCCUUGCAGGACAUCCAAACGGGAGCUUUCAAUGGUCUCAAGAUUUUAAAGAGGCUGUAUCUCCACGAGAACAAACUAGACGUCUUCAGAAACGACACUUUCCUGGGCUUGGAGAGCCUCGAGUAUCUGCAGGCAGAUUACAACGUCAUCAAACGCAUCGAGAGCGGUGCGUUCAGGAACCUGAGCAAACUGAGAGUGCUGAUCUUAAAUGACAAUCUCAUCCCCGUGCUUCCCACCAACUUGUUCAAGGCCGUCUCCUUAACGCAUCUGGACCUGCGUGGGAACAGGCUGAAGGUCCUUUUCUAUCGAGGGAUGCUGGACCACAUCGGCAGGAGCCUCAUGGAGCUCCAGCUGGAGGAAAACCCCUGGAACUGCACAUGCGAGAUCGUGCAGCUCAAGAGCUGGCUGGAGCGCAUUCCCUACACGGCCCUGGUGGGAGACAUUACCUGCGAGACCCCCUUCCACUUCCACGGGAAGGACCUGCGAGAGAUCCGGAAGGCAGAACUCUGCCCCUUGUUGUCCGACUCGGAGGUGGAGGCCAGCCUGGGGAUCCCCCACCUGUCCUCCAACAAAGAGCACGCGUGGCCUACCAAGCCUUCCUCCAUGUUGUCCUCUGUCCACUUCACCGCUUCUUCGGUCGAAUACAAGGCUUCCAAUAAGCAGCCCAAGCCCACCAAGCAGCCCCGGACGCCGAGGCCUCCCUCCACCUCCCAAGCUUUCUAUCCUGGUCCCAACCAACCUCCCAUCGCCCCCUACCAGACCAGGCCGCCCAUCCCCAUCAUAUGCCCCACGGGGUGUACGUGUAACUUGCACAUCAAUGACCUUGGCUUGACAGUCAACUGCAAAGAGCGGGGAUUUAACAACAUCUCCGAGCUUCUCCCGCGGCCGCUCAACGCCAAGAAGCUCUACCUGAGCAGCAACCUGAUUCAGAAGAUCUACCGCUCCGACUUCUGGAAUUUCUCCUCCUUGGAUCUCUUGCACCUGGGGAACAACCGCAUCUCGUACGUCCAGGACGGGGCCUUCAUCAACCUGCCCAACCUGAAGAGCCUCUUCCUCAACGGCAACGACAUCGAGAAGCUGACCCCGGGCAUGUUCCGGGGCCUGCAGAGCUUGCACUACCUGUACUUCGAGUUCAACGUCAUCCGGGAGAUCCAGCCCGCCGCCUUCAGCCUCAUGCCCAACCUGAAGCUGCUCUUCCUCAACAACAACCUGCUGCGGACGCUGCCCACGGACGCCUUCGCGGGCACCUCCCUGGCGCGGCUCAACCUGAGAAAGAACUACUUCCUCUACCUGCCCGUGGCCGGGGUCCUGGAGCACCUCAACGCCAUCGUGCAGAUCGACCUCAACGAGAACCCCUGGGACUGCACCUGCGACCUGGUCCCCUUCAAGCAGUGGAUCGACACCAUCAGCUCGGUCAGCGUGGUGGGGGAGGUGCUGUGCCGGAGCCCCGAGAACCUCACGCACCGGGACGUGCGCACCGUGGAGCUGGAGGUGCUCUGUCCCGAGAUGAUGCACACAGCCCCGGCGGCUGGAGCAUCCCCGGCGAACCCCGGGGACCCUCACCUCCAGGGGGCGCCCACGAGCGCCUCGCCCUAUGAGUUCUCGCCCCCGGAGGGCCCGGUGCCCCUCUCCGUGCUCAUCCUCAGCCUGCUGGUCCUGUUCUUCUCCGCCGUCUUCGUGGCGGCGGGCCUCUUUGCCUACGUGCUCCGCCGGCGCAGGAAGAAGCUGCCCUUCAGAAGCAAGAGGCAGGAAGGCGGCGUGGACCUCACGGGCAUCCAGAUGCAAUGCCACCGGCUCUUCGAGGACGGGGGAGGCGGCGGCGGCGGCGGCGGCGGAGGUGGAGGAGGAGGUGGAGGCGGUCGGCCCACCCUCUCCUCCCCAGAGAAGGCCCCUCCCGGGGGCCACGUGUACGAGUACAUCCCGCACCCCGUGACCCAGAUGUGCAACAACCCCAUCUACAAGCCCCGCGAGGAGGAGGAGGCGGAGGCAGCAGCAUCAGCAGCGGUGGUGGCAGGAGUGUCCUCAGGGCAGGAGGCGGCGGCGGCGGCGGGGAGCUCAGAACGCGGGGGGCCCGGCCCCCAACCCCCACCCCCCGCCCUGGGCGAGGCGCUCCUGGGGGGUGAGCAGCCGUUCGGGGAGCCCCCCAAGGAGAACCACCACAGCCACUACCGGACCUUGCUGGAGAAGGAGAAGGAGUGGGCCCUGGCCGUGUCCAGCUCCCAGCUCAACACCAUCGUGACGGGGAGUCACCACCACCCGCACCCCCUGCACCACCGCCCGGCAGCGGCGGGGGCAGCAGCAGGGGCAGGAGCAGGGGCCGUGGUGGUGGCCGGGGUGGUGCCAGGACCUGGGGCAGACCUGGCCGGGUUCCGCCACCACGAGAAGAACGGCGGGGUGGUGCUGUUCCCCCCCGGGGGCGCGGGCAGCCUGCUGCUGGACCACCGGGAGCGGCCGCCGCCCGCGCCCUGCGGCGUGGGCUUCGUGGACUGCCUGUACGGCACGGUGCCCAAGUUGAAGGAACUGCACCUGCACGCCCCGGGCAUGCAGUACCCAGACUUGCAGCAGGACGCCAGGCUGAAGGAAACCCUGCUCUUCUCGGCCGGCAAGGGCUUCCCGGACCACCAACCCCCCAAAAACGAUUACCUCGAGUUAAGGGCCAAACUCCAAACCAAGCCGGAUUACCUCGAAGUCCUGGAGAAGACAGCCUAUAGGUUCUAA